GGAAUGAGUUUUCAUCUCCUUUCCUUCUUCAUCUCUUCUCUGGGGCAUUCACAACGCUCAUUCGUUCAUUUGGUUUACUUCCCAAGAUUGGUGAUGAUACCAUCUGAAUGAGUCACCACGCCCUCUUGGAGAGGAGAAGGGGAUGUGGAUCUCGUCAGUAAUCUCAGACUCGGAGCUCGUGUUCCCAUUAGAGAAAAUGAAAUGUCUUUCCUAACAACCGGCCAAAAGCACUUGGAACCACUUUCGUGAUUGGCGAGGAAUAUUCAUAAACAAAGAGUCUUGUGAUUUGGCUUGGUAUCAUCCCAUGUUGGGGGGUCAAAUAAGGAUGGUUUGAGGAUCAUGUAGAGAGCUAGUCCGAUCUCAACAGAGGAUCAACGAGAGCCAGUGAUGAAACCUGUUCCAGAUUCAACCGCACCAUUGGGUCCCACUAAUGAGACUCCAAUGAGCGAAACCCACCCUGAUGAGGAGACAGAGGGUGCGUCUAGCUCCAGCAUUUUGAAUUCCAUUUCGACCCUAACAACGACAACAAAUGAGGGAGAUGAUGAGGACUUCAAAAAGUUGUCGGGUCUCGCCAAAGGAGGAGGAAGUGGAACAAAGCGAGCUCAUGUGGUGGGUGCGGCCUUUGAUCGCUUAAAACCUCGAAGUUUUAGUGAUGGCUCGAAGCGUUUAUGCAUGGAUGAGCGGGGUUCUGGCAGUGGAACCGGACUGACGAGUUCAUCAGCCAGUCCCUGUUGUUCCAAUCCAGGAACAGAGAGUCGAGACUGGUGUAGUGAAGCGAAAAAGUCCAAAAAGUUCCAAAAGGAGUAUGGAAAACUCCGACAUUUAGUUCCAGCCUUAAGUGAGCGUGAUGAUCUUUCCAAGGUGGAAAUUGUGGAAGAAACCAUCCGAUACAUCGACGCCUUGCACCAUCAGCUCGCUUCUCGAAUUGACCCUAGUGUCUUGACAGCCGCCAUAGAAGACCAACAAAACUCUACAAGUGAUAUCGUCCAUAAUGCUCCUGAACCGCUUCGAACGGUUAGCUCAAGUGAUUGUCAGCCUCAACAAACGCGUCCAUCCAGUCAGCGCGGCUCUGCACAUCACCAAUCCCCAAACAGUGGGUCAUUGGAUUCCCCUUCGGACUUAAAGGCCGCCGUGGAGAAUAUUCAGGCCAUGUUUAGCGCCUACCUCCAGCAACAGCAACCCUCGAAUAACGCGCCGAGUGAUCAAAGUCCGCCAGAGUCAGAAGCGUCCUCGGGAUCUUCGAGGGCCAAUGAAGAGCCCAGCUGAUCCAUAGCUGAGAUGUAAUCUUGGGAUAUUGUUAUUAUGUUAUGAUUUAACUGAUUUAUUCGGCGGCACUUUCUUUAGGCUUACCUGCCGAUAAGCGUCCAAAUGGGUGGAGUUUUGAAUGAUUUUGGUUCUAGCUUGGACGGCUUUCUGACGUUUCUACUUACACACCAAUCAAAUCUAAAUGUGAUUAUCAAACCGCCGCCACCUAAAAAACUUUGUCACCUGUGUAUCAAUCUCCAGGCAUCUAAAUCAAGGCCUUGGCUCAAUGAGUGCUUCUCAAGGACUGCCAUUUCUCUAAGAGUUAAUUUUUUAUGAACACGUUGGUACUCUUAUACAUAGGGCCAUUGUUAAUUAACAUUGUGUAGAAGAAGUCGUUGAAGUCUUUUUAUUUUAUUCAAUAAGCUCUAUCAAACACUUACCGGCAGUCUGUGAUGAAAGCAUCUGAAUGAAAUCAUCGCAAUUUGUUACGUUUCCUAAGCUUGGCAGUUUCCAAUUAUAUUUGUCAGUUAUAUUUCUCUGAAAAUGGUCCGGCUAAUCUGUGAACUUAAAGUUGUUGAUGUAUCAAAAGCUUCAUUGAAAUGGUGGUUAUCUACCCGAGAUGAGUACUGAGUCUGGUCCAUUUGGUUCUUACUCGGGGAUUAUGGUACUUUCUUCAUUCUGACUAUGUCUGGGCUCAAGACGCCGCUUCAAUAUUGAUGGCGAAAACUAGUCAAUGGAAAUAUUCUAUGAUUCUUUCCCGCAUUUUUUGAUCAAUUUGGCAGUAUUAAAAGGCUCAGUUGUGUUCACUUC